AUGCCUAAAAAUCUGACUUCUAAUGAUGGUAGUGACGAUGAUGUGGAUAUUGGAGAUCCUUUUCUUACCGAUAGAUUUGGAAAUUUGACAAGUUGGAGGUUGAGUGAUUUGGAGGCAGCAGCAGAUAAUUAUCUUGAAAAUGAAGAAAGUGAAACAGAGGUAGAAGAAAAGAAAUAUUCCAAAAAGGAAAUGCUAAAGCGUGAUGCUGACCGUAAGAAACAGUACAUGGAAUAUGCUUUACAGAAAUAUAACAAUGAUGAGGAUCUUGCUGGGUUUUGUGAGAUGCGUUUUGUGUUUGAUGAAAGUAAAGACGAAGUUAUCAUUAUUGAAGGAAACAUGAACUCCUAUGAACACUUCAACUUUACAGCUAAGCAGGCUGGUUCCACCGUUCUAUUUUUUGCUGAAGUGACCCGAGACGAAGGACAGCUGUGUAAUGUUCUUUGCUGCAAGCCUUUGGAUUCUGAUGACAAUGGACAUUGCUUUGGUUGUAAGAAUCAAGGUUAUGUGGACUUGAGGCAUCCAUCUGGCGAAAGUUUGUAUGUUGGAGGUCAUGUGGAUUGCGAGUUCCCAUUUAUGUGGGAUAGUAUCAGUGAGGAUGACUCUGACUAA